UGCCCCGCUGCAAUAAAGGCAGAUAGCGGACCAUGGGGAGCAGGGGAAAAACUUUCUAUACUGACAUGGUAGCGCAAUGACUUUUGAGUAACAUCUGACUGGGACGAGGCUCCCGGCGUGAGGAGGACAGGGCCCCUUUCGGCAAGAAAUAAGGAGCACUUGCCAUCUGCCGGGGAACGAAAAGCAAGAAAAGGCAAAAGAGUUGAGACCAGUCCAAGAAACAGCGGUGGAAAACCCAGUUUAGACCUUUGAAUUGAAAGAUGAGCUUGUUGUCUGCCAUAGACACGAGUGCCUCCGUGUACCAGCCUGCGCAACUUCUCAACUGGGUCUAUCUCUCCUUGCAAGACCCCCACCAGACCAGCGCCUUUGACGCAUUCAGACCCGAACCCAACUCUUCCCAUCCGGAUCUCGGUUUCAGCAAGACUCCCGCAGCGGCGGACUUGAGCUCUUCCCUGAACUCCAACUAUCUCAACAACUUCUUUCAGCUGCAGCGGAAUGAGGCCUUAAACAACAAUGUGUAUAAGAAUGUGUCACCCUAUGGCUCCCUGAACAACAUCGUGGAUGGGCUCAACUCCCUGACGGACCAUUUCUCAGACCUUUCCCUUUCUUCAGAGCCAAGAAAACCAAACAAAAGACCCCCUCCCAACUACUUAUGCCACCUGUGCUUCAACAAGGGCCAUUACAUCAAAGACUGCCCUCAGGCCAGACCCAAAGGUGAAGGGCUGACACCCUACCAGGGAAAGAAGAGAUGCUUCGGAGAGUAUAAGUGCCCCAAGUGUAAGAGGAAGUGGAUGAGUGGCAACUCCUGGGCCAACAUGGGACAAGAAUGUAUCAAAUGCCACAUCAACGUCUAUCCACACAAACAGCGCCCUUUAGAGAAGCCGGAUGGCCUGGAUGUUUCUGACCAGAGUAAGGAGCACCCCCAACACCUGUGCGAGAAAUGUAAAGUCCUGGGCUACUACUGCCGCCGUGUGCAAUAAUCCUCUUUAUUCAGAGUCAGAGAGCAACUUUUUGUGUCCCAAGUCCUAUAGCUCGUCCUCCAUCAAGGCUGUUAACUUCCUCCCCUCACUUCCAGGUUUCCCUCAUCCCUGCCCUGCACACAACAUGGCAGCCUUUCCUCCUCACGUCUUCCCCCACUUCUCUUAGAAGACUCAAAUAUGGACUGUAGCUCUGAUCCUUUCUGUCCCUCUUUUUUUUUUCCAGUGACAGUAUUGAAGACUACAUUCAGGAAUAAGAGGAACAUGUUAACUUAGGAUCAAUCUCUCCAAGUGCUCUUCAUCAAAAGCGAAAAACUUGCCAAAAUCAGUGACUUUUUUUUUGUGCCUCGACGUAUCAGAAACCACAUAACCCCGUUGAUAAACAACAAGGCAUACAUUGAUAAAUUAGCAUGUAUGUCAAUGGUGUCACUGACAUUAUUGGUCUCAAUACAUCACCUCACCUCGGGGUUUGUUGGCUUUGUGUUUACAGAGAUCAGCCUUCCAUUUCCCUGCCAAGUGAAGUGUGUCGUAAUGUGACGGACGUUUAACCCGGGCAUCUCACGAGGGUAUAACGUACACGAGGCCUUUGAUGUCCUGCCGUAUUCGGGUCAACAGCACAUCUUAUUAACUGUGAAUUAACUGAGGGACAAUGUGCCAAACAUCCCUAGCUUACAUUUGGCCUAUUUAUUUGCUUGUUGUCUAGUGUGCAAUUUGAAUUUUAACUGAAAUGUUGUUGUUUUUUGUAUGUUUGUACAUCACAUUAUUGUGUAACUGCUUCCACUGUAGGUUCAGUCGCUCCUUGUCUAGAUUUAGUGCGUUGCUAACAGAAAAGGUGUAGAGUAUUUUUGCUGCCACACAAUUUCUCAAUUAUCUAUAGUGUUCAAUACGUAUCGAUGUUAGAAAGGCAAAUUGUGUACAUUUCAAAUCACGUAAAAGGUCAACUGAUAAGGAGCUGUACUAGUUUUAGUACCAAUAAUUUUGCCGUCCACGCAAUUUCUCACCAGUGUUGAAUAUUCAAUUUUUCAAAGCACUUAAAAAAAGAAAUACUGCUUGCCACAUUUUGAUCAGCAUUACAAAACAUGAGUAAACUGGUCACAUAGAAGGCCUGACUAGAUUUUAACCACGAAUUAGAAGAAGAUGUUGGUUUGAAAGAGACAUCUGAGGUCACAUUGAAGUGCCAGCUGAUGCCCGGCAGCCUUAGUUCAGUCCGUGAAGCUAAAUGGAAACUUUUAAAAACAAUGUCCAACAGCUGAUUGCAGUGUAAAGAGUGUCUAGAGGGAGGUGACGUUUUUGGAGAACUGCCGUGAUUUUCAGGUCGGUUGAGAGAAACGAGAAGAUUUAAAAUAGGAGGACGGAUUUGUAAAGUGGUGAUGCGGAAGAUUCAAGGAAAUACUGAAAGUGAUGAUGAAUUAAGUUUACUUUUUAUGAAUAUAAGUGCCUACUAUUAUAAACCAAUGUCUUUAAAGGAAGAGAAGUUCACAUCCUGUUUACAUAUAUCACCGUGCGGUCGAAAGCACUACAGCGGAGAUUAAUGUCGCUUUGACUUUUAGAAACCGGCCUUUUCGAGGAGCCUUGUUAUAGAAAUUGUGAACUAUUUUAUACGUACUGUAUAUCUAGCCUUAUAAAAGCUGGUUGACUAUAUCUAUAUUAUACUGUAACAUACUGUAUGUGCCUUAAAAAGAUUGAAAUCAUUCUGAAGUAUCAGGACUAUAGGAGGCAGGAAAAGACAUGUGGGGAUAGGGCAGUACACGUGCAUGUGGUAACUGUAAGUUUGAUGCAGGUUCAAGAUGUGACAAAGGACAAGAAAAUGUUACAGUUCACCCAUUAGUUGGUUCUGGCAUGGUGGGUGUUCGCUUCAACACAGUUUGCGGAGUUGGAGGCACAAGGCUGAAACAGCAUUUCCAGCUGGCAAAAACAAUCCCACUGUGGUCUGUUGUCAUGGAAUAUCCACAAAGAUGUUAUUUCUUUGUCGAUCCUCACAACAGAAACUGUGGACCUCACUCUUUGUUUUUUUUAAUCUAUUGCAGUUGUGUUCAUCCAAGGAACCGAGGAACCGGGGGUUUUGUAAAACAACAAAAACAUUCAUGGUCACUCGCCUUAGUGGGGAAGACUGCAGUGGCUGCUUAUGGUACCUCACAGUUAGCUCACUCAUCUGUAAAGUUAAAGGAGCACUCCAGUGGUUUAGUAGUGCAGCUCCACAACGUUAGGAGGCUUGACACUAAAGACUAGUUGAAAUCAAUGCAGCAGAGGCUGAGAACUCAAGCUCCAACACGCUGGAUCCUACCUUUCCCAUAAUGCAACUCAACAGUUCAGAAGACUUCCACUGCCUGGUGAAAUGCCCACAUCUUUCAAACUCCACACCCACAGGUUGUAACGCAGGCUUCUUGUUAAAAAUGUGUCUACAAGUCCAAACAGAGAUAACUGUGAUUGUUAAAGACCUAGUCUGAAUGAAAGAUUCUCCUUUUAGUUGGGAACAAUCCAUUUUACUUACGGUUAACAUCGGAUUUCUUUUGCUCUGUUGGAUGACACUGACCUAACCGGGCUGAACCGUACCGUCCGCAUCACGCCAUGUGGCUGCAGUGAGAGAAAUGGAUACCAAUGAUGCCUUAUGAGCUCAGCUCAUAAACAAGUACCAAUGGUUUUGUGAUUCACAGAGUUCUGGCAGAGUAAUGAUGAAUCCUGUUUGAUUCAGCCCAGAGACACGUUAUGAGGCCAUUUUAAAUGGCAAAAUGAAGAGCCAAUGGAAGCAGUUGAUAGAAUACAUUUAAAAAAAGAAAAAAAAAUCUCUGCUUUCAGACAUAAUGUCUUGAAUGCAUAUACUUGACUUUUCUAGUACCUUUUCAGUUCGAAUUUAUUAUUUUCUAUGAAUGAGAUGUGUAUUUUGGAACACUUAAUAGAUGUUGAAAAUUUUACCGCAAUCUGCAGAAACUCCAGAGUUAUUUCCCUGACAAAGAAAGACUGUUUUAUGUAUAUAUUUGAUGGCCAUCAUUAUCAAGGAUAGUUGCUCUUUUUAAAGUGUUAUGCAAUAUUGAAGCUUUUUUUGUGUGUGAAGAAGGGCCUAUUGCUGAGAAAUAUACAAAGCCGGGAGGUUUUUGUUCCUUUUCUUUUAUGUUUUACAAUAAUCUGAGGGGUUAUCCUGCAGACAUAUUUAUGGAAAGAUUUUUUACAACACUUUUUGUAUAGAAUAUGCAACAAAGUUACACUAAGAAGGAAAUAUUGAUGUCUACAUAAGAGUAUUAUUAAAAAAAAAAAAAAAAAAGCUGGUACAUAAUUAAUAGCCUUUCUCAGUUGUAAGCCAUUGUUUGUGUUUUGUUCUGAUGUUAUCAGUGUUGAAUAAGUCACAAUGUUAUUCAGUUGCUACGUGUAACUAAUUAUGAGCUGCCGUUGACAUCCAUAUAGUCACGCGUGUUCAUUUUGUAAACAACAUUAUGAAGAUAUAUAUUGUGUUAACAUGCAGAAAUCUUUUGAUUUCUUAAGUAGUGACGGAUACGCACCACUGUAUAAGCACGUUAAACUGUGAGAUGUAGAGAAACUAUUAUAAAAUGUUACGGUGUUAUUAGUAGUUUAGGGAGCAUAUACUUUUGUCAAGAAAAGCGUGUGUGACAAAGAACUAUUUUAGAGUUUGCAUGUGCAUGUGUUUGAAUUAAAUAUUUUUUGGUGCAAUGUAUACUUAUUUAAAUAUUUUUACAGUAGUUUGCUACAGUACAUAUUGUUUUUAACGUUAUCAGCAACUUCUGAUUGUUAUUAGCCUUGAAGUGUUUCAUUUACCGUCCCGUGUAGCCUCUACGAAUAAUACAUAUUUACUGAAUGUCAUGUGUUAACACUUACGUGGUCAAUUUGGAACAUUGUGUUUGUAUUCUUUACUGGUCUGUAUCACUUGAGAUGUUUGUAUUGCACUAUUGCAAUAAUGUUAUACUUUGAAUUGGACAGAACACAGGCGUGAGGUAGGAAAGACAAUGAUUUUGGGAAACAAAGGACAGUCAUGGUUUCGAGAGUAAGACCACAGGUCUGUUUUUCAUGUCCAUGAAAUGGCAUUCCAAAAUGUGCCUUAUUUGUUAGUUGGGAAACCAUUUUAGUGCCGUCGAGAGUUUGAUGCAUUAAAGUCAUAUUGAAUUAGGA